UAGUGGUACUGACUUAGUUCCCGCCAUGGAAGUACAGCCAAUUAACUAGUGAAUGUCAUGACAAGGGUGAACUCUGAUUGGUUAAUCCAAGGCCAACUGACAGGAUGUGCACAGCCUACGGUCUACUACACAGAGUAGGUGGAGCUCGAUCCACUGAGAACAAUCUUACUACAAACAACUUCCUUUAGAAGCAGUUAUAAAAGGCAGUGGUAACUUGACAGGGGUAGUUAUCUGCUAAACAGGUUGAAGCAAAUUAGGCAGAACUUGUUGGCAGGAAAACAGUCCAGUCUUCAAGUGCCUGGACUCCAAUGUUGUCAUAGCAGCAAAACGCCUGCAUUUAUUUGUAACUGAUCAGGACGAUCACAGAGCAUUAAGAAUGGAGCCCAAGCUCGCAUUGAAUUGCCUUCUGCUGACUUUGUUGAUCUUGAUUCUUGAGAUGAAUGUUGGACGGGCUUGUGUCUGCAUGCCGAUGCACCCUCAACAACACUUCUGUCGAUCAGACUUUGUUAUCAAGGGCAAAAUUCUUCCUGACCUGAAGGUUUUCCCAGACAACAACACAAAGAUGAAACCAGACAAUGACACAUCCAAUCCCAAUGUGCGAAUGUACACGGUUCGUGUUGAGAAGGUCUUCAAAGGCCAAGAACUGAUGGGGCCCAAAAAGCAUGCAGAGAUCCUAGUGUCCCGUCGCGGAGAGACAUGUGGGAUGCCCCUGCAGGAGAAUGAAGUCUACAUCCUCACUGGUCAGCAAGUGAAGAACAUGUUCACAAUUAACAUGUGCGACUGGGUGCCCAAGUACAGUCAACUGACCCGCAAGCAGAGACAGGGCAUCCGGCAUUUGUACAAGCAAUACUGUGAUUCCUGUGAGAUUAAGCCUUGUUUCCAUGGCAACUGCCAGGCAACCACACCCAAUACUUGCAUUUGGAAUGUAUCCGGCCAUAUGCUGAACAACAAUGACCUGGACUGUGAGUCGGACCAUUCACGAUGCAUCAAAGAUGGAGCAGGAUGCAAGUGGUACAUGCCUCAGACCAUGAAGAUAUGCAUGAAAGUACGCUUACAGAUGAGGCACAACAGACUCCCUUGAAUAAUCUCAAGGAGUUAUUCAAGUAUGUAGAAACCAUAAGCCAAAUAUCAAGCAGUAUUAUAAUUCCACUUUUUUUGUCACAUGAAACUUUGUACAUUUGGCGCAGGCAUGAAUGGUGCUAAUAAACUCCACGACGAGUGAUAAAAUAUGACAAUAUGACAAUGUUUAAUACUUCAAGAAGGGUUUAACUGACAGCUUAUUGGUGUAGCCUUACAUUUUAAAGUAACAAAGUCCUCCCCCAAAGAACAGUUGUAUAUUCUUGUGCAAAUACUUGGGGAAAAAAACUGUGUUCCGUAUCCCCUCUGAACACAUUUGUGCAGAAAUUACUCAGAUCAUGUCCUAACAAUACCAGACCUUAGGUGAACACACUGGAAAGAGAUUAUAUGCACCGUCAGUAUGGAGAACAGUGGCUAAACAGCUGAUGAUCACACCAUCUGACAAUGCACUUAAUUGUUUAAAAACCUUCCUAGAAUUCUUGCACUUAUUCACAAAAUUUUUUAGAUUUUGUAAGGAAUUUUGAAGCCUUUAGGCAAUUGGUAGUUAUAGUUAUAAACUUUUUCUAAAUUUAAAAAACCGAUACGAAAAAUAUGACUUUUUAAAGGAAAACUAAAAUGAAAAAUUUUAAGAAAGCAUCUGAACAAAAACUUAACUGACAUUUGUACUGCAAAAUUGUAACGUAUCAAAAAUUCCAAUUUUAGAAUUAUUUAGAUAAUGACCAAGAAAAGGAAGCAAAUAUAAUUUAAUUUCAUAGUACCUCGAAUUCAUAUGACAGUUUCUUUUAUACUUGAAAGUCAAUUCUGAAGUGAUGUUAUUACAAUAAUUCUUUCAAAAAUUACAUUGCAAUGACCAAGUUUAGUAACCUAGUUUGUGAACAAAUCCCUAACCCGGUGGUUUUAAUAUACUGGGUAAACAGUACUUAAAAAGAAUGAAAUAAUUCCUACUAAGUUUUGCCAAAAACAAUCUCCUGGUGAGCAUAGAAUAAUUAGUCUUGAUGUAUUCUUUUGAUACAAAUUUAAGAUUUGAUGAUUUUUUUUAAACAGCAAAAGAAGUCAUUUGUGUGCCAAUCGAAGAAGAUAGCUAAAUCACGAACUGUUAGACCAAAUAUUUGUAUGAGAUAUGAUUGACAAAAUCAAAGCCCUUCAAAAGAGUACCCCUAAACAACCUCUUGAAAUGUACAUUUUGUAAAAAGGAUAUGUGAUACUUGAUGUUACAAAAGUAAGAAAAUAUAUGCUGCAUGCUGUAUGUAAGUAAAUUAACUUGUUCUGUGCAAUGUUUAGAUGUGUUUCAAUUGCAAAAUGGAUGAUGCCAGUAACCAUAGAUAUUUCUGCAGACUUUUUCAAUUUAUUGCGUUAUUAGGCUAUUCUCUCUUUAUCUGUUUUGAAGAUGAAUGGACCUCUUUGGCACAAUUUUAUGACAAAUGUCUUCUUGUGUUUGCAUAAUUUUAAGAAACUUGCUUUGCUUCCUCGCAUUUCAUACACAUUUUCAACUUACACAUAAAAAGCCAAAUAAAAACCAGUAUCAUUUACUAAA